CAAUGCACGUCACUUAAUAGCCAGAAUGAAGAUGAUAGUGAAGAAGAGGUGGACGAAGCGUCGGCUGUGCUUACAAGAGGUGUCUACGAAGUACAUGGAAUUUCUAGUGCUGACCUACACUACCUCCCAGUUGCAAGGAAGUUCUUACGGUGCCGGUUCGUCCUAAAUCGUGAAUGUAAUGAAAGUCCGACACUGGUUUAGUUCUGUCAAGAAAUGGCUGGGGAGCCCACGUGCACACGUGACCUUGAUCGUUUCGGCCGUACUCAUCGGAUUCGGUCCGCAUAUGAGUUUGGCCAAACCAGGCUUCUUGUGGCCUCACACCAGCCAUCAACCGAUCCCAGCGGUGAAUUAUACCUCCAAUAAUACCAUUCAAGUGUCUGUGAUCUUGCCUAAUGAGACGGACAUCCCGGACAUCAUGGCUGCUCAACACAGUGCCGGUAUGGGCAUUCUGGUUGGCUUUCAAACGGCCUCCAAACGGGGCAUACUCCCCGAAGGCCUCUACUUCAACUUGACCUUUCGGGAUUCGGGUUGUGACAUAACCCGAUCCAAUUGGGCCCUCUACCAGGCCGGACUGGAAAACAUGAAUGUCGUGUUUGGACCUUCUUGUGAUUAUGCUCUGGCACCCGUUGGUCGGCUGAUGAAAUAUUUCAACGUGCCUCUUCUGACUGCCGGUGGAUUUGCAGAGGAUUUCUCGAUGCCCAAACUAACCCCCGACUCGGAAUUCUAUCUCAUGACGAGAACUGGACCUUCAUUUACGGGCAUUGCUCAAACCAUAAGACAAUUCUUCGCCGAAAUGAAUUGGCACCGGACUCUCUUACUUUAUCAUAAAGGCCACCAUGCGUCGUGGUCAGGCAAUGACUCUUGUCAUUUAGCCAUGUCCACAAUCUUUAAGGACUUCAUUGAUAACAACAUCACAGUCAACGACCUGAGACUUCACGCGAUGGAGAACAAAUAUGGCGACCAAACCGAGACAAUGCUCAAAGAAAACAUCGAUGAUCAUGGCAUCGGAAAUCUGGGGAAUAUAAGCCAUGGUUGAAUCACAAGGCCACAGACUCGGAGAAUGAGCGGGCCAAGAAAGCAUUCGAAGCCGUGUUAACCGUUACUGCCAGUAGCUCGUACACCGCGGAAUACGAGAACUUUUCCGCCACCGUCAAAAGACUGUCCAAGAGAAUGUUCAACUACGAUUAUCCCGAGCAAGUCAGCAGUUUUGUGGCCAACUUUCACGACGCCGUACUUUUGUAUGCCACGGCAUUGAGGGAGGUGGUUCAAGAGCAAGGAAUGGAAGCCAAAUCCGACGGAAAAUUGAUAGUCACCAAAAUGUGGAACCGAACCAUCUCGGGCGUGUCUGGCGAAGUGAAUAUCGACGGCAAUGGGGAUCGGAAGGCCGAUUAUGCUCUACUAGACAUGGACCCGGUUACUGGCGAAUUCAUGACAGUGGGCGUUUAUCGAGGUCUGAAUUCCACUUUUGAAUUGAAUGACUCGCGUCCAAUUCAUUGGCCCAACCGUCAAGGAUUGGGGCCACCUUUGGACGAGCCCAACUGUGGAUUUGAUGGUUCUCGUUGCGAAACGGGCAUGUGGUCCGUGACGAAUAUCAUCAUAGCUGUGCUAACAGUUAUUGGGGUGUUUUGUUUGGUCGGUUCUGCCCUCGUUAUCAGACACUACCGACAAGAGGCAGAAAUUCUCAAGAUGACUUGGCUGAUUCAAGAAAACGAGAUCUCUGGGAUAUCCUCCGAUAAACGACAAAUGGGAAGUUUUGUCAGCUUACAAGCAGCGGAGGGGAUGUCUUUGGAUGGAAAUAUGGACGGAAAGGGACAAAUAUACAUCAAAACCAAAACAUACAAGAAUUCCGUGGUCGCUUACAAAGAAGUGCAAAAAGACAAAAUCGACAUCGACCGAGCUCUCAAAGUGGAACUAAACAAUAUGAGGAGCUUACGUCACGACCAUUUAGUGCAAUUUUUGGGCGCCAAUCUGACAGUGAGGCCUGGAUUUCUCAUCACGGAAUAUUGUUCUCGUGGAUCAUUACAAGACGUGUUGGAAAACGGAGAACUCAAAUUGGACUGGAACUUCCGCCAUUCUCUCACCAAUGAUAUCGUAAAGGGCCUAUUCUAUUUGGAAAAGAGCGCCUUGAAAUUCCAUGGAAAUUUAAAGUCUUCUAAUUGUGUGGUGGACAGUCGAUUCGUGCUCAAACUCACCGACUUUGGGCUUCACAGCCUUCGCCAAUCCGACAAUCCGAUCGAUCAAAAGGAGCAUCACUAUUGGAGAAAUCUGUUAUGGACAGCCCCCGAGAUUCUCCGCCAACCACACGAAAUUCUCAAUAAGUUGUGUUCCAGUGUCGAUGUUUAUGCUUUUGGCAUUAUUCUUCACGAAGUCAUCGUCCGAGAGGGAACUUUCUUUCUGGGCGAGGAUGUGAGAGUCAAUCCGAAAGAUAUUGUCGAGGGCGUGAAGAACGUGCAACUGGACGAGGCGGGGAAUCCGAAGUACCUCCGUCCCCGAUUGACAGUUUCGGACGCCUCGGAUGAAAGUCAAGCAGGCAGUGAGGCAUCUGGAGCUCCGGCCCCUGCCCCUGCCAAAGCCAAAGCUGAUCCCAACGUAUUACCCCAAGCGGAACUCAACAAGUUAAUGCAAGAAUGUUGGUCGGAGGAUCCAAGCGAGCGACCCGAUUUUGCUGCCCUCAGGACGCGGAUCAAGGAAUUAAACAAAGAUAACGACAGCAGGAGCUUACUGGACAACCUCUUAAACCGAAUGGAGCAAUACGCCAACAACUUAGAGGCCUUGGUCAAUGAACGAACGGAGGAUUACCUUGAGGAGAAGAGGAAAUGCCAAGAGGUGCUCUAUGAGCUUCUGCCACAGAGUGUCGCUGAUCAAUUGAUUCGUGGCGAAAACGUGAUAGCCGAGACUUUCAACGAUGUGACCAUCUACUUCAGUGACAUUGUCGGAUUUACGGCCUUGUCUGCGGAAAGUAAACCCCUUGAUGUGGUUGAUCUUUUGAACGAUCUAUACACGGUGUUUGACAACGUCAUUGAAGACUUUGACGUCUACAAGAUUGAAACCAUUGGAGAUGCCUAUAUGGUGGUAUCGGGUCUACCCACAACGAAUGGCGAUCGACAUGCCAAAGAGAUUGCUCGGAUGGCUUUGAGCCUUUUGGAACGAGUGAAGACAUUCGAAGUGCGACACAAACCGGAGCACAAACUUCAACUCCGGAUAGGCAUUCACACAGGUCCUUGUUGUGCCGGUGUGGUGGGGGUCAAAAUGCCCCGAUAUUGUCUCUUUGGUGACACUGUCAACACGGCCAGUCGAAUGGAAUCCACUGGAUUGCCCUUGAAGAUCCAUGUCAGUCCGAACACGAAAGCUGUUUUGGACAAGUUCAAUUGCUUCGAGCUCGAACCCCGAGGAGAGAUUGAGGUGAAGGGCAAGGGUAAGAUACCCACUUAUUGGCUAUUGGGGGAGAAAUCGUCACCCCCCAAACUUGAGGAGAGUCAACCAGUCAUUUCAAAUACGGUAACUGAAGAUUGUGACAAGGCUUCUUCCGACAAUCUUCUACACCCGAGUCUCCGGAACUUGCCUCAAAUCACCACCACCUCAUUUAGUGACGACUUGCAGCAGCCUGCUGGGUCUUCAUCACCAAGUCUUUCCCCCGCCUCCUGUCUCCCCAGUGACCCUAAUUCGACUCCCACCUCAGUCCCAACUAAGCACGCCCAUUUUCAAGUGGACGAUGUCAGCACUUCUUACGAGGAGGUGACGGAGAAGCCGCCGUCUUCAUCCCUCGCGAAUCGUCGCUCUGGUCAAACCACACACCACAGUUCUAAUAAUUCCCGGAGUGGGUCUCGAGUCCUCUUCUCUAACUUAGCCAACGGGACAAAGUCCUCAUAUGAUGAGAACGAUGAUGAGGAUGCCCAAGUAGGAGGCUCAUGUGUCCCAUAUGCGUCCGAGACUGAUCCCCUCACGGGUAAUGGGAAUCCACCUCAUCACAUGGCGUGAACACCAUGAAUGGGGCCGGCCGUAUUAGAAGACCGAACACCCUCAGAAGCAAGAUGUUUUGCUCUAACCCUAGGACACAAAGGAGUGACAUUUGUUGUAAAAAUGGUGAAGACUUGCAUCUUCAACCAAUGGAAUGUGCCAAAUCCCCAACCGAUUAAUUUUCGAACUGAUCUGCUCAGAGCAACUUGCAACAAAAUGUUUGUUUUCGUUGGUCUCCUCAACGACAAUAUUUGGAUCUAAAUCUUGCUCACUUGAAGUACAGAAAAGUGGAACUAGUAUUUAAUGCCUUCAUUCUGAAAUAGCAACAAAGGCUUUGAAAUUACCGGCAUUUGAUGAGCAAUCCCUUUGCUGUGCUGAGGGGAUUUGCAGACAAAAUUGAUGAGUGGUUUCCUCUUCCAUCAGCUGAAAACUGGGCCCACUCCAAAGGUGGCUACUGACUUAAUUUAGAACCAGUGCAUCCAUCGGCCGUGGAUUAAUGAAUACGUGAAACAACCAUAAUAAUGCAACGUUUUUGUGCCAAGACACGUACACGAAUGACAAUGAUAUUUAUUAUUAUUAUCCUUGUCCAUGCAAGACAAAUCAGUUGUGCAUUAUUGAUUUACGUAUGACAGAAAUAUAGUUACUCAGUCACCCUGA